AGUGAGGCGGUGGUGGCGUCUCCGGCAGCAGAAGCUCAGGCGAUUGGACUCUACGUCCCUCAGAAGCGAGUGUUUUCAAGAGGGCCGCGAUGGGGCCGGGUUGAGCCACUCGCCGGCGGAGGAGCAGCGCUGCCACGGAUGGAGGGGCCGGUGGAGCUCAGCCCAGAGGCCGUGCUGCGCUUCCUCGCGGAGCGCGGGGGCCGGGCCCGGCAUGCCGAGCUGGUACAGCACUUCAGGGGUGCUCUGGGCGGUGAGCCCGAGCAGCGCGCGCGCGCCCGCGCCCUCUUCAAGGAGCUAGUCAAUGCCGUGGCUACGGUGCGCACUGACCCUGUCGACGGCUCUAAGUACGUGCACCUUAAAAAGAGGUUCUGCGAGGGACUUCCCCCGUCUGAAGCCGCACCGUCGCGUGACCUGCCCAUCAUCUCGGUGACCGCAGAGCCAGAGUCCAGCAGCGGCGCACCAGGGACGCCCGACGGCCGGGUAGAGACCCAGGAGGAUGGCCUGUGCCCAGUGGCGGCGUCUCCUGAGGCGUCCUCGGGUCCAAGCUGCGAGCCUAGCCAUGGGGAGAUCUCGGCCGCGGCGCUUGGGCCGCCAAGCCUGGCUGGCGACAGCCUGAGCGGGCCGCCCCUGAGCGGCGGGGCCGGGAGGAAGAGCUCUCGGCGCGAGGCGCAGGCUUCCUCCGGGGGAACGGCCCCCGGGCCCAGCGAGGACCUAGAGCCCCCACCCCAUGGCUGCGAGCAGACGGACGCGGGCAGCUCCCCCGGCGGCGGCAUCACCACCCCAAGGUCUACGCGCCAGAACCUUCGGGACCUUGUGAUGGGCAGCUCACCGCAGCUGAAGAGGAGCGUGUGUCCUGGGGGCAACAGCCCGGGAAGCUCCUCUGGGGUAGGACGCGGCAAAAGCGGGGGCGACUCAGACAGCGCAUCCAUUGCUUCGUCGUCUGCGGAGGAGGAGAGCAGCGGCGGGGGCUCCGUGACGCUGGACCCUCUGGAACAUGCAUGGAUGCUCUCAGCCUCUGACGGCAAGUGGGACAGCCUGGAAGGGCUGCUCACCUGUGAGCCCGGCCUGUUGGCCAAGAGGGACUUCAUCACCGGCUUCACCUGCCUGCACUGGGCCGCCAAGCAUGGCAGACAGGAGCUCCUGGCCAUGCUCGUCAACUUCGCUAACAAACACCAGCUGCCAGUGAAUAUCAACGCCAGGACAAGCGGAGGCUACACUGCCCUGCACUUAGCUGCCAUGCACGGACACGUGGAGGUGGUGAAAUUGCUGGUGGGGGCUUACGACGCAGACGUGGACAUCAGGGACUACAGUGGGAAAAAGGCCUCUCAGUACCUGAGUCAGAGCAUCGCUGAGGAGAUCAAGAACCUGGUGGGAGCCCUGGAUGAGGAUGAUGGAGAGAGUGCCACUGGCAGCGGGGGUGGGCGAUGGAGGCUUUCAAAGGUGCUCCCUUCACACCUCAUCACCUACAAACUCUCACAUGUCUUGGAGGAUGGAGGGGAUCAUCACCAUCAUCAUCACCACCACCACUUGACUGAGGGAUGGGCUGGAAGCAAAGCAAGGGAUCCAGGUCGCAAGGCCUCCGGCGGCUCUAGUGGUCGGAUAAAACCCAAACUCAACAAAAUCCGCUUCCGAACCCAGAUCAUCCACACUACACCCUCUUUCAGAGACCCAGAGCAGCCACUGGAGGAAGGAGAGGAAGAAGAGGAGGACCGGGCUCUUAAAAGCCACUCAUCUUCAUUCAAAUUGAGACCGAAGUCCAAUGUAUUUGGGUAAAAAUAAUUUUUUUUAGAAAAUUCUAGGUUUAUUUUCAGGAAUAGGAUACUAGGUUGUAGACAAGAAAAUGAGCCCAGAUAAAGGGUUAAAUUCUUACUUGGGGAGUUGGAAUGGGUGGGAGGAAUUCCCGCUAGCAUUCUGGGUGAAGUAAAUUUCCAAGUGAUUUCAUCAAACUUUGCCCUAGGCCUCUUUUCCCUAUACCACCCCUCUGCCCUGGAGCCCCUGUUUCUGAGGACUGGAAUUUAAAUUGGGUGUACGGAAUUGAUUAUUGAGGGUUCCUCUGAUUUUACCAUUACUGAAUGCCAUACAAAGUAAGGAAUUUUGCACUUUUAUGUUUCAGUUUUUUAAAAGUGGUUGUGCUUCCAAGAGUGACAAGAAAUGCAAUUGUAAUGAAAUUUUAAGUGUAAACAAAACUACAUACUGCCCUGGUUUUUGUUUUUUGUUUUUUACUAAUCGCAUAUGCCUUUUAAGAUACUACUGAAGGUCAGGUCAAAGUUGAAAUACAAAAAUGCUCUAUAGAGAAUAAUGUGAAUAAAAAUGGUAUCCUGUUUGUAUUGUUAAGUAGUGCUCAACUAUUUUUUAAAUAGCAAUUUGAACUUUAAUCACUGAACUAAAGAAAUAGGCAACAUUCACUUUUAACUUAAUCUGUAGUCCUGCUUUUUCUUAACUGUCUCUAAGACCACUGCACUCAGUGUUAAGGUACAUUAUUAAUAACUACACAAAAUUUUACUUAAAACACUUGACAACCUAUGGUACUUUUAAGUAAAACAUUGCGUCUAGUUCUGAGUUUUAUUAAUUUGUUUUGCUAUUCUAACAGUCUAAAUUUAAAUUUGCCAGAGGUUUUUAUUCUGAGGAUCAUACAACCAUUGGUUCUAAUUGACAUAACCCUAUUUGGUGGUGCUCAGAGUUGAAUUGCCUACAGAAGCUGUUUCUGGUUUAGACGACUAGCAAAAAUUGGCAGAAAUGUUAGUGAGUCUAUGCUUCUGUGAAGUAAUUAUUAAAUCAACUUAAUGAUUCUCACAUAAGGUACACUUUUUAUUUUACUAAUAAAAUACACUCAUACUAAUAAAAUACUUUUUAUUUUACUAAUAAAAUAAAAAACAUUGUAGCAAUGUUUGCAAAUGUUUGUAAUACUAAAGACUUUAAAUUUUCCAGUGUUUCCUUGAAUCUAUUAGAAACAUACAGUGAAGUUACUGAAAAGCUGGAUAGUAAAUCUACCCAGUUAAAAAUAGCACUUUAUAAAAGGGAAAAGAGAAGAGAUGGGACUAUUUCUUUAUGUAAAUACUGCUGUCUACUAAAUUCCUUUUCAUAUAAAUGGAAAAUACCUUUCGUUGAAAUUAAAGAGUGUAGUUCUUAAUUACAUUUCGUUAAAAUUUGUUAAGAGUAAAUGUCUUUAUGGUUAUUGUAAAAUUUAACUAACAAGCAUAUUAAAUCAAUUUGUAACUAGAUUCAAAACAAUUUUGUGGGAGACUAAUUCCAGCAAGUCCUUCUACCUUAGUCUUUUUAGUCUCCUAAUUGCUGAAACAUAAGUACCUGCAGCCUUUACCGAUUAAGGAGUAAGUUAACAGCUAGCAGAGUGAAUAAACCAGUAUAUAAAUUGCACUGAAUUCCAGAGUUUAGAGAGUUCUUAGAUCUUUACUUUCCCAAGUCAGGAAAAUUUGUACCCAAGUUUCUUACAUCUCUUUAGAUAGCAGUUUAAUUUGUUUAAAGACAUAUCAAAAAUAUUCAUAUAAAACAUCUAAACAGUUAUCCAUUUGUGUGCCUGUUUUGUUUUACGAUUGUGGAAAUAGACUAUGUACAUUUGACAAGCACUUUUAUGCAUACAUGUGGGUAAAACAGUCUAAUUUUGUAUAAAUUAAAAAGAGGUUCUUUGAAAGUGAAAAGCAGUCAUUUGUUCUGAAUCAUAUACAUAUUACCUGUAGCUAGUACAGGACAAGCUGUAUAACCUCCUUCUAAGGAAUCUUAUAUUUCAUUGACAUCUGUAGUUAAGUGAACAAUAAAACGUAGACACUUCAGAACCAUCUAAAUGUUCUAUUGAAAUCAGUAUUAAUCUCGAAAUGUGUAUGUUAGUAACUAAUUGCACAAAAUCUAUAAUUUACUGGAUCUUUAGAGAUUGAGUCAGUGCUUCAUUUAACCUGAUUUUCACACUAAAGAUUUUAGCUUUUCCAGUAAAAUAUACUUUAAAUUUUCAAAAAUCAUUCCUGAGGGGAUCUACUUCUAGCAUUCCUUGUCAUGAUAUGGUUGUGUGCAAUAAGUAUAACAUUUUCAGCUACUUAGCUAUACAUUCCUCUAAUUUUUCAGUUUCCAAAUUGAGAUUAUUAAGAACCAAUGAUUUGUAUAAUUUGAUUUUGUGGAAUUGUGUCUGCCAUUAACAGAAAUAUAUGUCAAUUACUUAGAUGCUUUUGAUACAAAGCUGUGUGGUUAAAAAACUCAACUAUGUCCAUGUGUCUUAUAGGUACACUUGAAACUAGUGAAUGUUUAUCACAGUUCUCUUCACUUCUAUGGUAUGCAGUUUAUAUAACUUGAAAAUCUGGUACUGUUUUAUUCGUGGCUGAAAUCUUGGGAGUCCAGGAUGCCUCACCUCUUAUAUUUUAAAAGAGUGAAACUUUGGGAGUUCAGAGUGUAUCAUUCGUAAAAGUUUGUUUUGUCAAAAUAAACGGUUCACGCUACAUUUUUUCUCUGAA